AGUUUGAAACUGCCAGGCAGUAGUGUGUGUUGUCAGGUGGAGGCAGCAGAAGGAGCAGACUCGCUUUAAAUCGGUUUAAAUCGGUUUGAUUAUAAGGUAACAGAUGUCGCUUCGUUUAUUAACGUAACUGGAGUCGGCUCAGAGUAAAACAGCGGCUGGUUGAGCUCCACAGAGCCGAUGUCCUCAGAUGAAGGAGAGCGCCACAGUCCAGAGCUACCGAGGGAUUCAGACAGAGGCAGCUCAGUGUCUUCUGAACUUCAAGACGAGUAUGAAGAACUUCUCCGCUUUGCUGUGGUCACUCCUAAAUAUGAACCAACUCUUCCAUCACAGCUAAUGACCAGCACAUUCCCCCAGAGGAGUGUCCAGGGUUCAGGUUUAAUAAAUACCUUAAGACUUCAGGAGCAUACAGGCACUGCAGAAAAUGGGAGAGGGUCUGCAGCUGGGCGUGAAGUGAUCUUACCUAGAGCUGCUUCACAGUUAGGAGGAUCCAGACCACAGUCUCAGAAUUCUGAAGCAUUGUCUUCAGUAGAGGAGGUGGCAUCCAGGUCUGAAGGAGAGUCAGAAAGGCAUUCUGGAUCAGAUAGAUCAGACAGAUCUGGGCCAAGCAGUCCAGGUCCUGUGAUUACAUCUCUGACUGAGAUGUUUAUCUCUGAGGAGAACCUGAACAGGAUGGAGAACAUUCUGGACAUCUGGAGCAACAACUUGAAGAGUAAUGUGAUGACGGAGCUCCGGAAAUGGAAACUGGCCUUCGUGGAGCAGCACAGGCUGGAGUUGAAGAAGGAGAGGGAAAAACAUGCAGCACACAUAGCAGGCAUUAAUGCAGAGAUGGAUGGCCUCAAAGAACUGCUCAACACCUACCAGAUCUCCAAUCAGAGGAAGGAUGAGGUGAUUGUGAACCUCACACGGGCGGUUGACAGGCAGCGGGAGCGUCUGGAGCUGAUGAGGAACUUCACCCAGUGGAGGAUCAAACACUGCGCUGCCAAGGAGGAGGCACAGAGCAGCAGGCUGGCAGAGCAGCACUACCAUCUGCAGUUAAAGAAGAAGGUGUGGGCUGCCUGGCACUCGCUCAUCGAGAGAGACUGGAGGGAGAGGGUGGAGCGAGCCUGUCAAGCUCGUGCUGAAGACGUCUGCCAGCAGCUGUCUGCAGACUACGAGGCUAAGAUGCUGGAGCAUAUGGAAGCCCUGCAGAAAGCCCAGGCUGAGAUCCAGAGACUGCACACAGAGAAAGAACGUUAUGAAGAGUCCAUGAAGAAGGCUUUCAUGCGUGGUGUCUGCGCCCUCAAUAUCGAGGCUCUCAGCAUGUUUCAGACGGGAGAACAGGGCAGACAGGAGCGCGAUGCUUUACUCUCAGGGGAGGAGCCCAGCUCUAGCUCAAUGACCAGUCGUCCACUUCGGCCCACGUCUUCUGCCCGCCUUAGCCCAAUACCCAUGGAGUCUCCGGUGCAGCCAGUCCCCACACGCAGUAAUACAGAAGACAUUGAAACAGAGCAAUUUCCUCAUCGGCCUGGCUCUAGUACUGCAGUCAGCUGGGCAGAUGCACUGCCCUCCACUAUGACUGUAAAUACUACAGUACCACCAGGGGGCAGUACAAGCUCUGCUAGACAGUCCACUGCACGAAUAGUAACAGCUGGUCAGCAGAAAGCCCCCAAGAUGGUGACUGCACGCAUAACUGGACGCUCUGAGCUAGCCAAGACAAGCCGCCCCCCCAGCAAAGUACAUGUGAUGGGUGUGGUCCCGCCCAUGAGCUCGGUCGUUGUGGAACGACACCAUCCCGUCACUCAGCUCACUGUUGGUCAGGCAACAGCGGCCAAGUUCCCUCGCUCUGCUCACCAGAGUCGGACUGGAUCCAGCACAAAGAGUUCCUCCAGCCAGCCCAGAGGACACGCCUCCUCUGCAUUCCACUUCCACUCCAUCAAAGUAGUAGACUAACACCUCAUUCUGUCCCAAUUAAACUUGAAUCAAAUACGGG